AGGAUCGUGACGGGGUCAGCAUGUAGCUGCCUGGGCCAUGGGCGGAACGGAUCUGCGCGAACGGUGCCGGUUUAGAUGCCUGAGAUGGCUGUGCCUGGGCCUACUGCUGGGCCUCUUUUCGGCCUUCGCCAUGCCCGGCGCCGCGCCGCGGGCGCGGGCGCGGGUGGCGCUGCAGGCGAAGCGCUUGGUGCGGUGUCCCAGCUGCGGCCAAGCGCAGCGCGCGGACUGCGAUGGCAAGGGCCGGCUGCUGGGAGGAGUGGCCCAGGUCUUUGAAGGGGCACCCGUGAAGGCCUACAGCGUCUGCCCCCGCUUCCGGGGCAGAUAUCAGCGCAAGGGCCGGAAGUUUGACAGCCUCUUUGACCCGGACAUCGAGAACAAGGAGCGGAGCCGCAUGCUAGAGGUUCCGGCCACCUGGCGGUCCUUGACCAAGAUCCGAAUCCGGGAGCUGCCGGACAUCGGCGCCAAGGUCACCGGGGAGAGCGUGGGGCCCUACGAGAGCUUCGUGGUGGAGGACGUCAUCCGCAAGGGCGACCAGCACUUCUUGAAGCUGGCCGGCAAGGCCGGCUGGGUCUUCGACCGCGGGGUGGUGGGCCAAUGGAACGGCAAGCCCAUUUGCGAGCGGCUGAACUCAUAGCGGUCCAUCGACAAAAA